CUCUUUGGAAAAGGAGUUCUAGGAGGCCAGGCUGGUUGUGCUGACUUGCAUGUUCUCACCCAUGGAGAUGUUGGCCCAGCAACUGUGAUUCAGCUCUGCCCACAAUGGGGAUGGACAGGCACACAAUGAGUGCAGCAGAGUCCCAACAGGAAAACUUGACCGAGAAGAACACAGCGGAUACACUGGAUCUGGCAGACUUGCCUGUGCAGAAGGGCUCCGUGGAGCUCCUCAAGCAGAGAUGGGAGUCCACCAGUGCUGUAAGACCUGACCUGAUGCUCCACUGCUCACUAACCCCAUGGUCCCUUGUGCCGGAUAAGAUGAGCUGCAGCAGCACCAUGCAGAAAGUGCCGGCAGACAGCAUGAGAGUGGACGCCUUCAAGCAAGAGACGCUAGGUGGCUUUCAGCAGACUGAGCACGUCCCCGUAACAGUGGAGGAGCUGCGGAGCCACUUUGAGGCCUUGGGGGACAAGAAGAAAACAGAGAGUGAGAGUUCACUUUCAUUAAUACCUAAGAGUCAGCCCGGGAGCCAUUCUGUCAUUUCUCCGACAGAGUCUAGCGUGAAAAGAGGGAGAGCAAUCUUUGAAAAGAUGUCAUCAGUGAACAGCCACAGCAGCACCUCUGAAGUGGGUUUGUACAAACUUGUAAGAGGACUACCUAAAGAAGGCGUUUCCAGGGCUGAGAGCACAACACUGGAUUUCCAGGAGACCGUCUCCUUGAAGGAAAGAAUGGCUAUGUACAAGGCUGCGGUGUCUGAAAUGAAGAGUAGCAAUGCCUUCGCUCACGCUUCAGAGAAAAGCAAAUUCUAUACUGUGCCUGGUGGCCUGGCAGCAGUGAGGAAACAAUUUGAGAAAAUGCAGAUGACUUCUUCAAAAAGGAUCUUUGCAAAGUACCGGCACAAGCACAAACCUGUACAGGAAACAGCAGGUAGUGGUCAGCGCACAGUAUCGAGCAGCACCAGGGAAGCUGAGUGCAAAGAAAUGAUCUCUAAAGAAAGUCAAACGGAAGCCUCUCAAAUACCAGAGGUUUCUCAUCGUGAGCAAGUUACUCGUGAGUCAGAAGUGGCCUCUACGUUUGCUCGGCAAGCUGAUGAAACAGCGAUCAAUGCAACUCAGAACGAGGAGUUCCCAAAGAUCGUGACACAGAUUUUAAAACAGCAGAUUGAAAGGACAGCUCAGGAAAAGGCUGACAGAGAGACCACACCACCUGCUAAAGAAGUAAAGAAACUGCAGACUCAGGAAAAUGAAAGGUGCAGGCUCUGCCAACAGAAAGUUUACCCAAUGGAAUGUCUAGUGGCUGACAAGCAGCAUUUUCAUAAAUCGUGUUUCCGAUGUCACCACUGUGGCAGUCAGUUAAGCUUGGGAAAUUAUGCAUCUCUCCAUGGAAAAAUAUAUUGUAAACCCCAUUUUAAGCAACUUUUCAAAUCAAAAGGAAAUUAUGAUGAAGGUUUUGGACACAAGCAGCAUAAGGACUUAUGGAAUUCUAAAGAUCGGCGUAGCUCAGUUGGCAAUAUUCAUGCUGAAGAAACAAAUCCCAUUAACAGUGUCCCUGUUUAUUCUAAACUAACUACACAAACAGAGUUGUACUCAAGUACAGAAGGUACUCAUCCUGAUGUUUUGGAUAAUAACUUGAAAAGAUCUACAGAAAGAGGUAAGUUAAAGAUGACAUGGCCUCCUUCAACAGAAGAUGCAACACAUAAUAAAACAUCUUCCAGUGAAAAAGUGGCUAAAGUAAAUAAGCCAAAGUGGCCCCCAGAAGGGUUUGCUCAAGAAGAUUCUAGUUUACAUACAAAUAAUCUUCUGGGCUGUAGAAGAGAUCCUCAGGAAAAAAAUGGUGUGAAAGAAAAAAAUAACACUGCAAAAUCACAACAAAAUCAACAUUCAUCCUUUAGCUCUCUGUCUGAAAAAGAAGCUACAAAUAUCUGUAAAGCAAAGAAAAAUGGGACAGGUAAUAAUGGAAAAGAUGAGAUGGAAGCUGGGAAUGUGCAAGAUAAGCUGAAUAAAAGAAGAGGAUCACAGAAUAGGGAAGAAAAUGGAAAGGGUAUUAGUGAAGGUGACAAUGUGAUUGUGCAUAGUGCUGGGAAGGAGCAAGAGAAAAAAGUUAAUUUACCUUAUGAUUCAGAAGUUGUACAGGUUACUAACAUUGAUGAUGUAACAGUACAAAAGCAUUACAAAGAAUGCAGCUUCAACAACAAUAACAACAACAAUAAUGCCACUUUUUCAAGUCUAAAGAUUUGUAGGCAAGAAAAAACUCCAUUGGCUGUGUCUAAUGCAAUGACAGCAUUAAGCCAUGCAAUUUGCAGAGUUUCACUGCAUGCCUUUACAAAGCUGGAAAAAUGGUCUGGAAAUGAAGACAUAUUUGAGAUGUAUGAACCUUCUCAGAGCUAUUCUGGCAAUACUGUAAUUGUUGUACAGGAUGAGCAGAACUCAAAAGAUAAAGGUGCUGCUACCUCUGAGUCUUGCACAAUGGAAUAAAGAUGUCGCUUGUCAGAAGUCUCAUGCUAAUAGCAUGUUAGCUUUAAAUAAGGCAAAUACAGCAACAUUCUCUGUUGAUACCGAGCUGGUAUGCACUGGAGAAGAAUCAAAACAUGACAAAAACAUUUUAGCUGACACUCUGAAAACAUCUGCUCUUAAAAAAGACAGCCCAAGCUUAGACUGUGAUCUAACAGGAGGCUCAACUAAAAAUUCCUGCAGCCCAUACUCAGAAGAACAUGGGAAUUGUCAUACAGAACUGAAUGAUAUUAAUGCCUGUCAAGAAUGCAAAAUAUUCAAAGUGUUGAAGAAAGAUAUAAGCACAAACUUAGAUUUCCAGAGCUCAAGAUCCACAACUGUUCCACCAUUCAAAGGUGAGAAAGUCAAGUUCAAACAUUGCAGUGUAAAAGCACAAAUUAAAAGAGAUAGGUUCUCGGAUGAAAAUGAGUAAACCAGCGAAGUGAUCAGCUACAUCUGUCACCUGUAAAGUAUGCUGCAAACAGGUAUUUACUCAGGACAGUUAUUUCAGUCCUUCUCAAAGAAUUUAAUAUUCAGAGAUUACAUAUGAAGAUUUGUAUUAUGUAGUCAAUUACUCAGACUUUAUUUAUAUAUGUAAGGCAAUUAAAAUCCCUAAAAUAGAGAGGCUUUUUCAGUCUGUAAUUAAAACAACUUCUCUAUGUCCCUGACCAUUGCAAGAAAUACUUUAGAAGAUGACUACCCUGCAGGAACAUAAUGAUUCAAUUACUGUUUAUCAUUUGUAACAAAUUAAGAUGUGAAUCACUUGAUGUGCACAAAGCAAGGAAAAAUAUUUCCAUAGGAUUUUUUUCUUGUGUAUUGUUGUCAUUGUAAUUGAGCUCUCUUGCUCCAUUACAUACUAUGUAAUAUACAUAUUUGUUGUAUUAGAUCUCACUAGAAGAUCUGGGUUUCAGUUGGUAUUUUUUGGGGGGUGGGUUGUUUUGUUUUAUUGUUGGGUUUUUUUUCUCCAGUAUCAUGCAGUGCUUAGUUUGAAAUGGACUCAUUAAUGAAUAGUAACCACAACUUGGUGAAUAGUACUGUUUUGCUAUAUUCUUAGAGCUACUACUAUAGCAUUACAUUGUAGGUCAGGGAAAAAGUGUGUGAACUUUAACACAGCAUAAAACCAAAUGUCCUAGACAGAAUUGGAGGAAGGGUUGGGAAACACUGGGCAUUUAAAACUAGUUUCAGUAACUGAUUCAAAUUCAUUUUAAUUGAAGCAGCUCUCCAGUUUCACAUUUAAACUUGUAUAAGCUAAUGCAGAUGUAGCACUUUUUUCUUAACACGUUUAUGGAUUAACAUUUGCUUUCCUAAUGCUCCUCUAGUGCUCAUGAAACAGCAACAUAUCAUUUCAACUGUUGAGAAUGCAUAAUAAAAUU